AAAAACCAAGAUUUUACCCGUGGAACGAUUUUGCUGAUCAUUCCACAAUUUCUCUCUAUUAUUAACGCAAUGCCUCCAAGAAAAGAACUCUGCAGGAAUUUUAUGCGUGGCAGGUUACUUUGUGAAAGUAUGAAAAACAGGAACUGAUCGUUGUCUUAUUUCGUCCAGCUGUCAAUAUGGUGAACGUUGUAAAUUUCAACAUGCUGCCCCUCAACAACCGAAGCCAAAUCCAUUUGGGUUUGGCAGCCAAUCCGCUAAUUUUCAGAGUACAAAUAUGCAGCAAACAAAGUCCAACCCUUUUGGUUUUGGUGUUCAGAGCAACUCCCAGCCAAGAGGGUCCAAUGAUUUAGUGCUCAAACAGAAUCAAUACAAGCCUUUUGAAAACAAGUGGACUCGUUCUGCAAGUACCAACAGUUCUUCAUCGCGGCCAACUGAUAAUCAGCCUGUUGCAUCUAAUCACUCCUGCGCGGAUCCCGAGUCAUGCAGAUGUCAUAUUGUGGAAGAUUUUAAUAAUGAGAAGCCAAUGUGGUUGCUUACCUGCUAUGGUCAUCGUAAAAAUUUUGGUCCAUGUGAUAUUACCGGCGAUGUUAGCUAUGAAGAGCUGCGAGCAGCAGCAUAUGAUGAUGCAAAACGCGGACAGAGCUUGAAUUCUAUUGAAAAAGGUUCAAAUUUGCUCCUGAACUAUAGACUAUCUGACACUUUUGCCAUCGGUUAUACUUCGCAAACAAAAAGACACGCCAUUAAAAAAGUUGAGAGAGAGAGGAGCCUGGUUAAUUCUAAAGUAGCUGAAUUUGAAAAUCUAUUGCGAAAUCCUUAUGCAUCUCAAUCGACUUCUGCUGCUAAUGCUCAAAGUCCUUUUCCUGGUUCUGCGUCAAGUGCCUCGUUGAGUGCUCAAAGUCCUUUUCCUGGUGGUGCACCAAGUGCCUCGUUGAGUGCUCAAAGUCCUUUUCCUGGUGCUGUUCCGAAUGCCUCGUUGAGCGCUCAAAGCAGUUUUCCUCCUUCAGCCUCGAGUUUUAGUCAGUUGGGAGCCAUACUGAAUACAAGGGCAUGUACUCCACCAACUAAUAGUAUAUUUGGGCAACCCAGUCCCCUUGGGAACUCUUUUAAGGCAUCAAGUUCUUCUGGGGCGGCGAAUGCCUUUUCAUUCGGGAAUACAUCAGGUUCCUUUGGCUUCGGAAGCCAAGUCCCGACCCAGUCACAACAGAAUCCUUCCACUCCAAGCUAUAACUUAUUUUCCACCUCGACAUCGCUGCAUGUUCCUAAUCCAUCUGGUGGCCAACUUCCUACUCCUUCUCAGGGACUUUUUGCUGCUUCAGUUACGACAGCCCCUGCCAGUAUCAACUUGACGAGUGGUGCAUCAACAGAAGACUUCAGUGGUGAUAACAGCAUUUGGACAAAGAAUGAAUGGAAAAUUGGGGAGAUUCCAGAAGAGGCACCCCCAGACAGAUAUGUUUAUUAGGAAUGCUUCUGGCACCUGACUAUUGAAGGUUGUCAGUUCAAAUCAGAUACAGAAGAAACUUCCUUUUCGUGACAUGCUUCAUCGACAUAUCAGCAGGAAAUUUUGGGCAUUUGAUUAAGUUCCUAGGUAGUUAUGCUAGUGAAAAAAGGGGUUUACAAUAUCUUUUCCUUUUAUACAGUUUCGAAGAGGGGUUAAAUGUAGUUUUCUUCAGCUAUUUAAAGAGUUGUAAUGUGAUCAAGUCGUUCGCUUGUACAUGCUGCUUUGUGUAUGAAAAGAAAAUGAAGUAGUCAAAUAUAUUUGUUGGCAAUUUAAAAAAAAAAAUUGAUAAGACCAGCCAAAAGAUUUCUUUA